GGGAGGAGGGAGGUAGCAGCCGCCCGAGGGGACUGGCCUGCCGCGGGGUUACUUCCGCGGCCGCCCGGCUGGGCAGGCGCCGCGCUAGCGGAGCGCUUUUCGCCUCCGUUUGUCUCCCGUCUCUUCCCGUUCGCAGCUGCUGCUGCGCAACCUCUUCCCCGUCCGCUCGCUCGCUCGCCCCACCGGCGUCGCCUCCUUCUCUCAGCCUCGCGCAGCGCGGCCCGAUAGACAUACAGAGCUGAAGAAUCACAAGUUGAAAUGAGUAGCGAGGAUGCUGAUGUUCUACGUUGCUGGAGAUGUAGAAAAUAUAUAGCAAAUUCUGUUUGCCUUGCAAAAAGUAAUGGAAAGGAAACAUCCGAAACAUCACAGUCUCCGGCUGCUGCUCAGGAUUCUUGCAAUGUAUGGCAUGUGAACUUAGAAGCCAUUCCAGAGUGGGUGAAAUGUGUCAUUGAAAAGGCACAGUGGACAAUUGGAAAACUGCACUGUCCGUUCUGUGAUGCCUGCUUAGGAGGCUUUAACUUUGUUUGCAACACAAAAUGUUCCUGUGGACAGUUAGUAAAUAUACAUUUCUGCAAAAGUCAGACUGAAUACCAGCCAGCGUUCUGUGUUAAAUUGGCAAAAUCGUCAGGAAAACACUUACCUCUCCUCAAAAUUCAGUCUGGUUUCAGCAAGGAUACCUGCCAUGAAGUGGUAACCGCAACUUUGGAAAUGAAAAAUCAAGGGCUUUCGUACAUGGCCAGAAAUAAUAAUGGUACUGGGACAUUAACAGAAGCACUUUGUCUAGAAGUAAGAGCUCCAAGAUUUGAGAUGAAAAGUAAAAAACUUCCUUUCAAGGCAUUAAAUCAAAAAAGAAAUAAUUCUGCUUCCGAUCCUUUGAAUGAUGCAUGCACUGUAAAACCUUUUCACAAAAGAUCACAUAGUUUGGAUUUAAAUAUCAGAGAGAGACUUGUUUUGUCACCCAUGUUAUAUGAAACUUGCAGUACAGGAAAAAUUUACCAUGGUCAAAAUGAAAAUCCACCUGUUUACACACGAAGUGGCUUGCAAUUAGGAUCCAAUAUGAAAGGUGGUAGUUCUUACCAGGACCUAUAUAGUUCCAGUGCUGACAAACUACAAAAAAGGUUUCGAGUUACUUCCUUUACCACAUUACUACAUAGAGAAGCAGAAAGUGAGUGUGAUUUUGAAGCUACUGGACAAUCUUCUGGGAGUGCCAUUGCUAAUGAGUCACCCUUCGUGAUGAACCUUUCUUCACCUACAAGUGCUGUAGAAGAGGAACAGUACAUCACACCUGUUGGUCUUGUGCAGCCUACGAGUAUUUCCUUCAACCAAAAGCUGAACAAGAGGGAAAGAAACAAGUUGAAAAGCCUGAGGAGAAAACAAAGAAGGCUAGAACGGUGGCUACAGAAGCAAACUGCAAAUGAUAACCUGCAUACAGACGAUGAGCAUGAACUCAGAAGAGAUAAAGAAAGCUAUCUCUGUGCAGUGUGCCUGGACAUUUAUUUCAAUCCUUACAUGUGCUAUCCAUGCCACCACAUCUUUUGUGAACCUUGCUUAAGGAUGCUUGCCAAAGACAAUCCAGCCAGCACUCCAUGUCCACUGUGUCGCACUACAAUUGCCAGAGUCUUUUUCCAAACAGAACUGAACAACUCUACCAAAUCUUUUUUCCCUACGGAAUAUUUGAAGUUAAAAGAAAAUUUUCAAAAAUCAAAUUCUGCAAAAUGGCCUCUACCAAGCUGCAAGAAAGCUUUCAGAGUUUUUGAAGCAGGUUUUCAAAGACGCUCAGAUACUGUAACAAGGAGGCAUUUCCCACAUGCUGCUCACAGGAUGGACUACAUGGACUUUGAGGAUGACAGCCGUGGAUGGCGGUUUGAUAUGGACAUGGUGAUAAUCUACAUUUAUUCAAUCAACUGGGUAAUAGGAUUUAUUGUGUUCUGCUUUCUUUGUUAUUUCUUUUUCCCUUUUUAGUCUGUAGUAAUCACAGUUAAGGAGAAUGGCAGUCAUGUGAACCACAAUAACAUGAAUAGAAAAAAACUUGAUGAAGGCAAAACAUUUGUUUGAUAUUGCAUUUUUAUCAUUCAGAAUUGUAAUAGACCUCAUCAAGCAUGCUGUGAGGCUAUUUGAUACUUCUGCUAUAUGUGACAAAGUACUUGAGUUUGGUUCCAAAUAUAAUGUGAAAUCCAGAUCGUACUUCAUUCAUUGGCAGUUUUGCCUUGAUUUUGGUGGGAAUAGGAUUUACCCCUAACAUAUAAAAUAAUUAGUAUGUAGAAAUAUAGAAUACUGCAUGUUCUGAGGGGAGUUCUGUGUACUAUGACAGAAUAUGAUCCAUAGAUCAACUCUGUGGUGACCCACUUUUCUCACGCAUUGGUCCUUCAAUUCCUCAUACAUAAAAGCAAUAAAGAUGCUUCCCAUUUAUAGUCAGAUCUUUUGGGAACAAGAGAUUAUAAGCACGGCAGUGCUGCACCAUGCAUUAUUUAGACAUUCAUCUCAGCUAUUUCAAUGGUAUAAUUCAAAUCCUGGAAAAUUUUGAUGAUAGACCUGUCAGCAUUCAACUGUGGAGAUGUGCCAUACUUGAUGCCUGAAAUUUUGAGCCUAUUAACCAAAAAGAAAUUGUACUGCACAGUGCGCUGACAGUUCAUCUUUUCAGCAAAUGGCAAUCAGAAUGAAUCAACUAACAACCCCAAGUUCUGCACAUUAAAGGGACUAUUUUUGUGCAGAUUCGCAGACUAGCACUGUACCUUUUUUACCCAUCCAGAUGAGUGUGUUUGGAUUCAGCAAGACGGCUGAUGGAGGGCAAGCAGCAGGCCUGUUGGCUAUGAUGCCAUGAGACACUAAUCCCAGUAAAUAUUGGAGAAAGAAGCAUUCUCCAGUGUUAGAAGUCAGUGUCAUUAUUAAAUUGCUGUAACAAUUUGAUGAUACUCUCGAGUGUAGGCUUUCGAGGACUAUGUGUCUCCAGGGAGAUCACAUGAAAGAACACUAUUUAUUUGCACCUUUCCUGUGAAACAGUUUUAAAGCACUUUAUAGUUAUUCUAUAUAAAGAUUGCUGAGUUACAGUACCAAACUGCAGCCAGUUCAGCAAUCAUUCCAUACUUGCUGAUUUACACAGUAUUUUCAAAUGAAAGUGAAAGAGUAUCCAUUAAAUUAUUAAAAGGAUAUUAGAAGAUAUUGCAGAAUCAGGUGUUGAAGGAUGAUACACGGUAGUUCAGGGGUUUACUUUUCAGGAAGGUACAAGGAAAUUUUUAUUUCUUAGGCAUGACCUGCAAAGUAUGCUGUGGUUUCAUCUAGAAAAGCAUGUGAGUAUAUGUAUGUAGCUCCUCUGAUACCAGGAUUUGUGUGGGAGACCUGUGGUUUUUCAGUAGGUGGUGUACUCCCCUGUUCUAGCAGAGAACAAGGAGAAAUGUGUUGUGGAAGGUACCAUCUGCCAAAUGUGAUGGAAUGGAAUGAAUUCAGGGGUUUUAUUAAGCGUGUGCUUAUGUUUCUUUCCUAGAGCAGGGCCAGCAUGGUCAGUCUCUUAUACGCUACAAAGUGAUCAGGACCAGAAAUUUUCACUUAAUCUGAAAAACAGCAGUAAAUCAGCUACUAAUAUUUAGUUUUCUUACAGGCUGCAUAAACUAAACUCUUUGAGAAUAUAUGUGUAGAAUUAAAAAUUACAGGUCUAACUACACUGAUGGGACUAAAUAAACAUUUGCCAUCUUUUUUAAAUAUAUGCAAAUUUAAGGAGAUAUAACAAUUGAAAUUCACCAUCACCACAUAGUUAUGGUUGUGACAGAAAUGCAUUUUCUUUAAUUACAGUAUAUCUAGUUAUCUUGUCUCUACCUGAAGGCAGUUGGUUCUAGUACUGGUGGUAUUAGGCAUAAAGUUUUAAAAGCUUUAAGGUUGUAGUAAAGCACUUGGUGAAUUUCCCUCUUUAUAUUGGUACAAGCAGGUCUUUUAAAAGCUAGAGGGUUUGGGUCAUAGGUUCAUAUUUUGCUACAUGGAAUUGUGUAGGUCUGUGUACUCAAAUAUAAUCAAUAAUUUCAAACAUCUUUCUCAUCUAUGCCAGGACUGGGAUUCUAACUGCAAUUUUUGUUUGUCUCUCUAACCUUAGGAAUUUACUGCUCCUAUCCCAGCAAAGAGAGGGACUGAUUCACCUGUUAAGCCAAAAUUGCUCUUUUGAUCUCAGAAAAUACUAAAAUGAAAAGACGUAAUGAAAACUUACUUUAACUUAGCUGACCUAGUUUAAAAUUCCAGUAAUAAUGUAGUGUAAAACUAAUUAACCAGGAUAUCUGAUGAGGCAACAUCCUUAAGUAAAUAUUCCAAAAUAUACUGAGACAUAAGAAAAUAGGUACUAGCUAAUUAUAUAAGAGUUACUUACAUCAUUUUUAAUAGCAUGUUACCAUGGUUUUAUUCUGAAAAAGGCAACAAAGGAGAGUAAAAAAUCCUGGGUAGUAUUGGCCCCUUUUGUAUUUCCAGUGAGAAUUGAUGGCUGAGGGUGGCUGCAUUUUCCUAAAAGUAGGAGUGACAAUUUUGUAUGGCAUUUCUAACUGUGUAACUCUGCCUUUCUUCGAGGCCUAAACAAAAAACUGUUUCUUGGGCUAUAUUGUUUUAUGUUGUAUUGUUGUUACUAAUGACAGGGGAUAAUUAGUUUUAAAAGAUUGAAAAUGUACAUAAUGAAGACUGUUGCAACUGUGAGAAAUACCCUCCAUAGGAAAACACCUAAAAGGAAUAGAGUGGAGGUAUUUUCUUUUUCAUCCUUUAUUGUUUUUUUGAGAGACAUACUUUUGUAAAAAUACAAUAACAAUUUGAAGGCUUAAAUAUGGUUUUCCUUGAAGUCUGCCUGUAAAAUGCUGUUGAUAUCUGUGGGAGCAAGAGCAGCCAGGUCCUUUGUAAGCAAUUGUCUGGUUAAUCUGAUCCUGCUCUGCAAGCUUGUCUUUGUUAUCUACAAUAGUAUUAAAAUGUUUGCAAUAAAAUUUGAGUUGUUUGUAAUAUUUUUGCAGUCAUUUCACUAGAUUUUGCUUGGUAGAAUUAAAUUUUAAUAUUUAUUUCAAUCAAUGUCUUGGUUAUCCCG